GUUCAAGUCCCUUGUUUUUGCAUCAAGGGGGCGCGGGAGACAGGAAGUGACGUUGGAUUCUGCGGUACAUAAACAUACCAGGAAGCUCCCGCGCCAUCUUCUAGCUAAUAAGCGGCCACAAUAAAUCAUUGUGUUAAACUUCUUCGCUGCUAUCCAAAUACUCGUUUGCUUUAGCUAAAAACUGAACAAUGAGUGAUAUUGAGGAUGGAAACUACGAGGGACGGGCAUCACGCUCCCCAUCUAAAUCGGAUCGUGGGAGUCCGGUUAGGGCCAAGUCGGGAAGCAGGUCCGGCUCCCAGAGCCCAGCCCGGGCCUCCAAACGCUCCGAGUCCAGAUCCCGCUCCCGAUCAAAAUCUAGGUCUCGUUCUAGGCGCCACUCAAACCGCCGCUAUAGCCGCUCACGCUCUCGGUCCCAUUCCCACCGGAGGAAGUCCCGCUCUCGCACCUACAGCCCGGAGUACCGCCGCAAGAAGAGCCCCAGCGCUUCCCCCAUGUCCAAAAGGGGCCGUCAUUCUGGCAACAAGAGCCAUGACUUCCCAAAAGAAGCAAACAGUCAAGGCGCAGAUGGCGACGUUAGGGCGAACCCUGACCCCAGCAAAUGUUUGGGAGUGUUUGGCCUGAGCCUGUACACCACAGAGAGGGACCUCAGGGAGGUGUUUUCACGCUACGGUCCUUUGGCCGGGGUCAACGUGGUGUACGACCAGCGCACAGGACGCUCCCGAGGCUUUGCCUUCGUUUACUUCGAGAGAAUUGACGAUUCGAAAGAGGCGAUGGAGCAAGCCAAUGGCAUGGAGCUGGACGGGAGGCGCAUCAGAGUGGACUUUUCCAUUACUAAGCGUGCUCACACCCCCACACCAGGCAUCUACAUGGGCCGACCAACUCAUAACGGCGGCAGCAGCAGUGGUGGGGGUGGCGGCGGCGGUGGUGGUGGUGGAAGCAGCAGGGACGGCGGAAGAGACGGCGGCGGAAGGGACGGCGGCGGAAGAGACGGCGGAAGGGACGGCGGCAGGGACGGCGGCAGGGACGGCGGCGGCAGCAGGAGGGGGAGAGACUCGCAUUACGACCGUGGCUAUGAGCGUGGCUACGACAGAUAUGAAGAGUACGAUUAUAGGUACAGUCGCAGACGAUCUCCAUCACCGUACUACAAUCGAUACAGGUCUCGCUCAAGGUCUCGCUCCUACAGCCCACGGAGAUACUAAGAUCCUUCUUUCAACGCUCUCCUUCCCUCCAAUAAUUGAUGGUGUGUGACUCCUCAAGGUGUUUCUAAGGGGAUUUUUUAAAAUUAGCAUGUCUAUAUUAACAGAAAUGUUAAGUUUGAGAUUGUUCUUGUUUACAUGCAAUAGAUGUCUUAAUUUUGUAGACGUUUUGAUGCAUCCAUGUUGAGUGUGAGCCAAGAACUCUGCAACUCUUGCUUCAUUCUUAGACUCGCAUCCCUUCUUCCAACUUCACUUUCAUUACAAUGAUACAUCCUUCUUCCUUGCACUGAGGACUUUCAUGAUGGGGGAAAUAAACUGGGUUUUAGUAAAAAAAAUGAAUAAAUGGUAAGACUUAUUUUACAACCUGUUUUGAUGAAAUGUAACAGUCUUUAAACAGUCAACUGCAGAGGAUUGUUUGUUUCCUACUUACCGAGCUUACCGGUAAGUAGCAGGUAAAACCGGCUGUAAGAUGUUGCCACCAUCAGUGGUCAGUUCUCUGCUCACAUUGUUUUUUCGUUGUCAAGGAAGUCAUCAUUUGAGUUUUUCCAGAGUUUUAUUAUCGUGUAUUGCAUUUUUUAUUGUUUCUUUGUAUGGAAAUACAGAUUUAUGAAAACUUCAAA